AGUUAGACGCGUUAGAUAUAGAUUUCGGCGUAGUAGAGUUGGACGUAGAUUUAGGCAUAGAGUUAGGCGUAAAAGAGUUAGACGUGGAGUUAGACGUGGAGUUAGGCGUAGAGUUAGGUGUAGAGUUAGACAUGGAGUUAGACAUGGAGUUAGACAUGGAGUUAGACAUGGAGUUAGAUGUGCCAGAAUU